AUGAAAUUUCCCUUUCUUUCACUAUUGAAAUAUUUACAUGUCAUUGAUUUCAGUCUUUCAUUGUUUAUAUCUAUCAAUCUAUCUGCCUCGGUUCCUAUCUAUCUAUCUAUCUAUCUAUCUAUCUAUCUAUCUAUCUAUCUAUCUAUCUAUCUCAUUCUGUUAAUAUCUAUUACAUUCUGUUCAUAUCUAUCUAUCUAUCGCAUUUCUACCUAUCACAUUCUGUUAAAUAUCUAUCUAUCUAUCUAUCUAUCUAUCUAUCUAUCUAUCUAUCAAUCUCUGUAUCGCGAUCUGUUAAUAUCUAUUACAUUCUGUUCAUAUCUAUCUAUCGCAUAUCGCAUUGUUAAUAUUCUGUUAAUAUCUAUCUAUCUAUCUAUCUAUCUAUCUAUCUAUUUCUGUUCAUCUAUGUUGGUCUGUUCAUAUAUAUCUAUGUGCCUCAAUAUCCACUUAUAUCAGUUUGCUUAUAUCUAUGUAUGUAUGUAUGUAUGUAUGUAUGUAUCUAUCUAUCUAUCUAUCUAUCACAUUCUGCUCACGUCUAUCUAUCUAUAUCAGUCUGCUCUCUAUCUAUCUAUCUAUCUAUCACAUUCUGCUCACGUCUAUCUAUCUAUAUCAGUCUGCUAUCUAUCUAUCUAUCUAUCUAUCUAUCUAUCUAUCUAUCUAUCACAUUCUGCUCACGUCUAUCUAUCUAUAUCAGUCUGCUAUCUAUCUAUCUAUCUAUCUAUCUAUCUAUCUAUCUAUCUAUCUAUCUAUCACAUUCUGCUCGUCUAUCUAUCUAUAUCAGUCUGCUCUCUCUCUAUCUAUCUAUCUAUCUAUCUAUCUAUCACAUUCUGCUCACGUCUAUUUAUCUAUAUCAGUCUGCUAUCUAUCUAUCUAUCUAUCUAUCUAUCUAUCUAUCACAUUCUGCUCACGUCUAUCUAUCUAUAUCAGUCUGCUCUCUAUCUAUCUAUCUAUCACAUUCUGCUCACGUCUAUCUAUCUAUAUCAGUCUGCUAUCUAUCUAUCUAUCUAUCUAUCUCAGUCUGCUCAUAUCUAUCUAUCUAUCUAUCUCUGUAAUCUUCUCUCAAAGUACCUAUCUCUCUAUCACUAUCUAUCUGUCUAG